AUGCAUCUCUUUGAGAUUGAUGACCAGCCUUGGUUCCCACCGGCAUUGCGGACAUUGUUCCAGGCGGCUCUGACAGUCACUUGGACCCUCCCUCUACCAAUUAUUCAGUCACACCCUCCAGCAAAGAUCGUUGCCCAAGUGCUUCUCGAAGAACUGGGCUCCGAUAUCUCAGACUACAAUUUUAUAGACUUCUGUGCUGGUGCAGGAGGGCCUACGCCCUUUAUCGAGAGUUACAUCAACGCGCAUCUACGGAAGGGAAAUGCAAAGGCCGUGAAUUUCACGCUCACAGAUCUUCAUCCCAACAUAGAGUACUGGGAUUCUGUUGCCGCCGCCAGCCCCCAUCUCUUCUACGAGAGCAAGCCUGUGGAUGCCACCAAGGCGCCCAGGCACCUCGUGAAGCCAGCAGAUGGAAAGAAGUCAAUGCGACUCUUCAACCUGGCCUUUCAUCACUUCGAUGGCCGCUUGGCUGCACGGAUUCUCCAGGACACGGUAGAGUCUAGCGAUGGAUUCGCCAUAUUUGAACUGCAGGAUCGGAGUCUCCGUAGCUUUGUUGCCGUGACUCUGCUUGCUGUCGGCACCUUGCUCCUGGCGCCAUACUACGCAUUGAAAUGGAAGUCGCCUCUGGCCUUGGUUUUCUCGUGGCUGAUUCCAAUACUGCCGGCCGCUCUAGCUUGGGAUGGCUAUGUCUCGUCUCUACGAACGAGAGAGCCUGAAGAGGUGGAGGCUCUUCUCAGGUCGUGCGGAGCUGAUACAUCCCGGUGGGAGCUGAGAAGUGGCAGUGCCGCGCAUCUCUGGCCUGUUGGGUAUGUUAAUUGGAUCGUAUGUAGAAAGAUCUAG